CCAACAUGUGUGACUCACGCGGCGCCGCGGUGCGGGCGAUCGCAUCCGACGAUGGAAUUGCGCCCGCGCCGGCUGCAAGACCCAUCAUGGAUUGCCGAUUCCUACAGCGUGGGAAUAAAUCUGUAUCGCAAUUGCGAUCCCAUAAUUAUGCUCCAGAGACCUCAUACGAGAUACCACGGGGUGGUCGCAAUACGCGAACGUUACGAAGAUACAGGACGAUGAAAAAUAUCUGGUAUCUCGAGCCAAGAUUCUUCGAACAAUGGGAUAUCUUCGGGACCGAGUCGACCACGGUGGACAAUUAUUACCCCGAUUGCCGGAAGAUAAUACUUCAUCGGCGAUAAAAUAAUGAAAUAAAAAUUUUCUGUCGAUCGAAUGAA